AUGAUCCAUUUCGCAGGCCGAACGCGAGAUUGGGUACAUUGUCAUGUGCCAGAUCUUCACGUCGAUCGGCGGCGCCAUCUUCAUCCUCGGCAUGCAGAUCGCCGUGCUGGCGGCGGUGGACCACAGCACGUGGCGGCGGCGCUGGCCAUGCUCUUUGUGAGCGGCGGCAUGGGCGGUUCCGUCGGCAGCACCAUCUCGGGAGCCAUCUGGACGAACACGUUUCUGCCGGCGCUGCGUCGUUACCUGCCCGAGGGCGUGGAUGCGCUGGUCGUGUACGGCGACAUUGUCGCGCAGCUGUCGUACCCCGUGGGCAGCCCCGAGAGGCUCGCGAUCCAGCAGGCGUACGGCUAUGCGCAGACGAGGAUGCUGGCGGCGGGGACGGGCAUCGCGGGUGUGCUGAUCGUAUGGAUCUGCAUGCUGAAGGACCUGAACGUGGGCGAGAUGAAGCAGACCAAGGGUGUUGUGUUCUAG